AUGAAAGCAUACGAGCCUCGCUUCAGGACUUUCAUUUCUGUCCUGCAGGAUGAGGAGAGAAAGCUGAAGGCAGGAAGAAAAGUCGAAGAUGAGCUUAAAGACCUUGAUAUCUCAAAACAUAGGAGGCUGUCGCUUUCACAGGAAAUGCAGAGAAGUUGGGAAAGCAAAGAGUGGAUGGUUCGAUACGCAGCGAGAAAUAGCUGGGCUUUCGAUUUCAUUUAUUGGAUAUAUUUGGAUCCCAUGUACUUUGGCGAUAACGAAGAUGCUGAUUAUCGUGCAAGGCUUUCGCAUUUGAAUCAGAAGCAACAUGACGCUCUGAAGCAUUUUGUUCAAUUAAAGGUGAGGCAGGAAAGGGAGAAGAAGCUGGUUCAAUGGAGCGAGAAAGAUGCCAAGUCUGAGCUUAGCAAGAUCAUGGUUUAG